UUAUAACCACAAACAUAACUGACCAAAACAUUGAAAGUUUUAUGACUAAUCGCUUAGUUCAACCCGUAAUUAAUUAAGGAUAAUCAUAGACAUUAUCUUUGGCAAAGGAUCAGAAUAAGACAUACUUUUUGGCUACCUUAAAUGAUCAGUUCUGUCAGUAUAUAUAAGUGUUGACUUCUCGAUCCGUAGAUGAAGAGCAACAGACUUCAAUUCCUACCUUCCGCAAUAAUGGCAUCAAAGUUUCCGUUUUUGUUACUAGUACUACUAUCAGUUUCAUUAUGUGCCACUUUCCAGAUAUCAAUGGCUGGAGAUCCAGACAUUCUCACAGACUUCAUCGCUCCACCGUUUUCAUUUGGCCCUCUAGACGGAAACUUCUUCACCUUCACUGGUACGAGGGAAGCACUUGUCAAGGCAGCCUUUCCGAAAACUUUUAAGGUCACAAAAGCAGCCAUGGCCGAGUUUCCUGCUCUUAACGGUCAGAGUGUUUCUUACGCUGUACUCCAGUUCCCUAAAGGCACGGUUAACCCACCACACACCCAUCCCCGGGCUUCUGAGCUAUUGUUUGUCCUCAUAGGUUGUUUAGAAGUCGGGUUCGUUGACACCACAAAUAAACUUUUUACCCAGAGACUCCAAACGGGUGAUAUCUUUGUUUUCCCUAAAGGACUUGUUCACUUCCAGUUUAAUGGUGAUUCCAAAAAUCCAGCUUUAGCUCUCUCUGCCUUUGGAAGUGCUAACGCAGGGACUGUGUCGAUCCCAAAUUCGGUUUUCAACACUAGUAUCAGUGAUCAGGUUUUGGCAUUGUCAUUCAAAACCGACGUCGCCACUAUUAAAAAGAUCAAAUAUGGGCUUUCAGGCUAAUUGGGAUAAGGUAUAAUUAAAAAAUGCUUCUAUGCGUUUGUUGUGUAUGGUGUGGCCCCAAUAAUAAAUUUCUUUAAGUGAUGAAUAAAAAAUUUGAAGCUGAUUA